UGGGAAGAAGUUUCCGUGUUUUCCCUUCCUGGGCUGGGACAGUAGCAACAGGAUAAAGGCUCCGUUUCAUCAAUAAUAUCUCAAAGUUACGCACAGGCUCAUCAGACAACCCAAUAAAAAGUAGUGAUGUCUCAGUCUGGAGAAAAAGGGAAGUUCCCAGAUGCAACAGGUUAUGUUGGGUUUGCAAACCUCCCAAACCAAGUGCACCGAAAGUCAGUGAAGAAGGGUUUUGAAUUUACCCUCAUGGUUGUAGGGGAGUCUGGUUUGGGCAAAUCAACACUUAUAAAUAGCCUGUUUCUCACCGAUCUGUACCCUGAGCGCUACAUCCCUGGUGCUGCAGAGAAAAUUGAGCGGACAGUGCAAAUCGAGGCGUCUACUGUUGAAAUUGAGGAGAGAGGGGUGAAGCUUCGACUCACGGUGGUCGACACCCCUGGAUAUGGCGACGCCAUCGACAGCCAAGGCUGCUUUAAGACAAUCAUCCAGUACAUUGACAAUCAGUUUGAGCGAUACCUUCACGAUGAAAGUGGGCUGAACAGAAGGCACAUAGUGGACAACCGAGUGCACUGCUGCUUUUAUUUCAUUUCUCCUUUAGGACACGGUCUGAAGCCCCUGGAUGUGGAGUUUAUGAAGGCCAUCCACAGCAAAGUCAACAUCGUUCCAGUUAUUGCAAAGGCUGAUACACUCACGCUGAGGGAGAGGGAUCGUCUGAAGAGGAGGAUCUUGGAUGAGAUUGCGGAGCACGGGAUCAAAAUUUAUCAGCUACCCGAUGCUGACUCUGAUGAAGAUGAGGAGUUCAAGGAGCAGACCAGAGUCCUGAAGGCGAGCAUUCCCUUCGCUGUGAUUGGCUCCAACCAGCUGAUUGAAGUUAAAGGGAAGAAGAUCCGAGGUCGUCUUUACCCAUGGGGAGUAGUGGAGGUGGAAAAUCCAGAGCACAAUGACUUUCUGAAAUUGCGCACCAUGCUUGUGACCCACAUGCAAGACCUCCAAGAAGUAACUCAGGAUCUGCAUUAUGAGAACUUCCGAUCUGAGAGACUGAAGAAGGCGGGCAGAGCUGUGGAUGAGGAUGUGGUGGACAAAGACCAGAUUCUUCUACAAAAAGAGUUGGAGCUGAGACGCAUGCAGGAGAUGAUCGCGCAGAUGCAGGCGCAGAUGAAGAUGAAAUCUGACGAGUGAGACGCACAAAGACACACCUGGUCGUCAGACCCCCUCCUCCAGUCGCACCAGGAGCCCAAGAUCACGUCGUCUUUAUCUGCACAUCACUUCUUUCUGUCCAUCCAUCAUCUGUCUGAAGCUGCUCUUUGUUUCUCUUCAUCAUGGAAAACAGGAAACGGGACAAAUAGUUUCUGGUGUUCAAAUUCAUCCGUCAUUUCGUCGUAACAUCUUGUGUUACGGUCCACCAAACUGCAUUUGACAACGGUACCCUGAGGUUUUCUCAUCGCAGUCAUGUUUACUAAAAUAUUUGUCCAGGUCCACGUUUCAGGAAGCACCAUUUUUCACUCGUUGGCUAUGGAGUCUGACGGUUUAAAGUUUGGUUUUGCUUCAAGGUUAAAUAAUGUUUUUGUCAGUUUACAAUCAUUCAGCAGCCUUUUGCCUUCAGCCCUCGAGUGUCCGUAAAGGUCUGUGAGGGGAGAAUUUUGUUCUGAGAUCUGCUGAACUUUAGUUUUAUCUCGUCAUUUUAAUCCAUGUGCUAAAAAUAAACUAUGAUUUGAGGAUGUUUGUGUUUAAUGUUAGAUCCGAAUGCACACUGAAACUAAUCAGAAUAUUCAGAUCUGUGCAAUCAUUGUUUGCAUUUGUCAUUUAAUGUGUAAAAUUGUUUGUACACUACAUGUGCGGUUUUCCAACAUACUGUUGUGCUUUUCCAUUUAAAUGUGUCAUUAUUUAAUACAUUUAAACUCCCUCCAGCUUAAGGAGCAGAUCAAAAAAGCACAUUUCCUUUCUGUUGUAACUAAUGUGCCUUUGGCAUCAUUUUAUUUAUCCAUAUUUUUCCUCAAACAUUUCUUAACCACGACCGUCUAAUGAGUUGUAUUUUAGGUGUCAACGUACUUUUUUUAUUUUUCUGAAUUAAAAUGUAUCAAAUAAAAUGGGGUUUUGUUUUCUAGAACUGUUUUCAGUAGAGUUCUGUUUGGUUUUCUGCGCUUUCUAAUUGCGUCAAUGCUGAAUAUCGUUCUUGUGUUUUAUUUUUCAAUGGGUUUUAUCUUCAAUCCACCUACUUUUGCACACU